AUGCUAGUCUUCAACCAUUCCAGCUUCAUGACCUUCACUCUGAUGGGCAUACCUGGCUUAGAGUCACAGCAUUUGUGGCUAUCUCUUCCUUUCUUCUCCAUGUUUUUGGCUAUCCUCAUUGGCAACAGUGCUGUCCUCUUCCUCGUGAUCACAGAGCCCACGCUUCACACACCAAUGUACCUGUUCCUGGCCCUGCUGAUGGUGACUGACCUCAUAUCUACUCUAACUCUGAUGCCCAAGGUCCUGUGUCUCUUCUGGUUCAAUGAUAGAGACAUAGCUUCCAGUGCCUGUUUCACCCAGAUGUUCUUCAUCCAUGGAGCAUCUGUAGUACGAUCAGCCCUCCUUGUUGCAAUGGCUUUUGACCGUUUUGUGGCUGUGUGUGAGCCAUUACACUACAACACAAUUCUGAGCCAUUCUCUAGUUGGACGCCUGGGACUGCUGGCUGUAGCCAAGGGAGUGAUUCUUAUCCUGCCCAUGCCUCUUCUACUUCAAAGGUUAACUUUCUGCCACAGGGUUAUUCCUCACACAUACUGUGACCACAUGGCUGUGGUGAAAAUGGCCUGUAGCCACACUAGACCCAAUCGAAUUUAUGGACUCUUUGUGAUCUUGCUCGUGGUAGGACUUGAUCUGCUGCUUAUUGGCUUCUCUUAUGCCCUGAUCCUGCAGGCUGUAGUACGCCUCAACUCUCGAGAUGCCACCUUCAAAGCCCUCAACACCUGUUCAGCUCACCUCUUUGUCAUCCUGGUCACUUAUGUGCCUGCACUCUUUUCUUCUGUCACCCACCGUAUUGGUCAAAAUAUCCCACCUCAUGCCCAUAUUCUCCUCUCCAAUCUCUACCUUCUCCUACCCUCGGUGCUCAACCCCAUCAUCUAUGGUAUGAAGAUGAAGGAAAUACGGGUCAAGGUAACCAAAUGCCUGUGCAGAGGAUCUGAAUAG